AUGGACGGACAACCCGUGAGCCCCACCGGGCUCGGAGGGUCUAAGCUCCGGGACGUCGGCCGCGCGGUGACCGCGGAGGCGGCGACCCACCUCGAUCGGCUCAAGAAGUCUGAGCGCACCAAGGAGGCUGUUGACAAGUCCGUCGCCUUCGCCGCGGAGGCACUGGAGGACCCAGACAAGAUCAAGGAGGCGGCGCGUAAGGUGUGGGACGAAGAUCAGAAGGUCCAGGCCAUCAAGGACAGGACAAAGAUGUUCCUGGAGAACACGAUGGAGUCCGAGGAGCGCAUGGAGAAGGCUCGCAACGUGUCCAGCCGGGUGUUCGGCGUGGUGGAGAGGCUCGCGAGCAAGGGCACCGGGAAGGUGGCGGGAACCUUCCGCGGAGCCGCAACCAGGCUCCAGGGCCUGCUCAGCACCGAGCGGGACAACCGCACGCUCGUGGAGAACGGUAAGGAGGUCGCCAAGGAGGUGUGGACGCAGCUGCGGUCCCAGGCUGGCGAGAGCGGCGCGCUGGAGGGUAUCCAGGGCACGGUGCAGCGGGUAACCCAACGGCUCAAGGAGGUGCUCAAGACGCUCCAGCAGCAGCAGGCGGAGCAGAAGAGGAAGGAGGCCGACGCCGACGCCAUCGAGGCGGAUGCGUACAAGCGCGCCACGGCCGCGGGCGUGGACCACGACUCGGCGACCGCGGCAGCCGCAGCCGCGCGAGAGAUGUCGGGGCACGUCACGUUCACCGCCGGCGCCGACGGCAAGCUGGUGAUGACCGCCGCCGACGGCCAAUCCGUGGACGUCAACGACAACGACGCGAUGACCAAGUUGGCGAGGGAGGGACGAAGCGUGUGGCAGGAAGUUCGCACGGACGAGCAGGUCCAGCGUCUGCUCAAGGAGGAGAUCGCGCCGGGAUUUGAGUCGCUCAUCCGCGCAUCCGUCGAGGUCAUCUGCGACCUCAUCUCCACCCUCGAGCUCCCGAGGGUCGACGGCGUUUACGACUCGCCGCUCGGGAGCGUGUGCUACCACGUCGAUAACCUGGCGUUCUCCGAGUUCUCCGUGGGCAAGGACGGUCUGAGGGUGGAGAACCAGACGGGGGAGAACUCGGAUCACGCCGGGUUUGGCUCCACCGUGAGCAUCGAGGGGAUCCGCACCGUGAUGAACGACAUCAGGUUCGCGUACUGCGAGUACCCGAAGUCUUGGGGGAUGGUGGACAGCGACGGGACGUGCUCGGUGAAAGUCGAGGGCGCCAGAGUCGGCAUCUCGUACGACAUCAUCGUCAACACCGCGCAGCUCAUGCGCAUCGUCAACCACGGCGUCGAGCUGAGCAAGGACGAGAGCAAGGUCAACGAGCUAAAGGAGAAGGUGCAGAAACGGUGGCAGGAGCGGGGUCAGCAGAACGGGCAGGAGAUUGAGCCGAAGGGCGAGAUCGCUAACGGUUCCGCGCACCGCGACGAUGAGCACGACGAGUUCAAGUCUCCGGAGCCGUCGCCCAAGGGUGAGGCGCCCAAGGUUGACCACUCCGCUGCGGACGCCGCGGUGGACAAGGCGUUUGGCGGCGGACUAUUCGGAGCGUGGGGCGGAGACGAGGCUGAGUCCGAAAGCGACGACGAGGACUACGACGACGCGCGCGAGAACCAGCAGCACAAGCGCACGUCGUCCAUCUCCGAGUCCCUCCUCGGCGGCAUCGCGUCGCUCAACCCCUUCGGCGGGGGCGACUCAGACUCGGACUACUCAGAGGAGGAGUCGGCUCCGUCGCAGCCGACCAGCCCCGGCGCUCGACAGCGACACCUGGAGGCGCCGCUCAACGAUGUCCAGCGCGAGAAGCUCGAGCGCCACCGCGCGCUGCUCCGCGAUCUCCUCGGGGACGAUUUCGUGGUGACCGAUCCGGUGAUGGAGCUCAGGGUGCACGCCACCAGCAUCCACGUCGGCGCGCUCGACGUCGAGAUCGGCGGCACCUCGGCGGCUUGGCUCUACAACAUGAUCGCGCUGGUGCUGACGCAGCAGCUCAGGGGCACGAUCGAGGACAGGAUCAACAACCUGACCGUGCGCCAGCUGGCGAGGCUGAGCGGGACCGUGGAGGCGUACAGCGCCGGUCUGAUCAAAGUUUCCGUGGUGAAGGACGAGGAGGAGGACGAAGACGAGGAGCAGAGCAUGCUCGGGAGCUGGGUGAGCAACGGCGGGCUCGGGAAGCUUCGACGCGAUUGCGGCGAGUGGGGUAAGGAAUGGCAGUGCUCGCACUGGGUGGAGGGCGCGAGGAUCAAGCGCACGCCGAGCUCGAGGGAAGAGAUAGUUCAGGCCGACGGGACAAAAAAACUGGCGCCGCUGUCAGAUCUCGCCCCGGAGGCCGACGGCGGCUAA